AUCGUCGGUGCUCAUUGUGCUCAUUAUGUGCUCAUCUGCAGCAGAUUACUUUUUACUUUGUCCUAACAUUGUAUUUUAUAUUCUAUGUCGAUAGCGGCAAUCAACCAUUUAAUUUCCGUCCAUUCAGCAAUUAUUCAUCUUUAGUGUGACUUUGAAUUCGGUCUUCAUCGUUCACUUUGUAUGUAUCCAGUGUCGAGAUCCGCAUCCUACCUUUUUGCGUACCUCUCAUGACACACUCAUAGUGAUGCAAUAGUUUUUCAAAAAGUUUCCUGUCCAAUGAUUUUUUUCAUCGACUUCAUCCAAGUUUCAACAGAUUGAUAGUAUUGUACUUAUCCAAAUCCGCCAAAAAUUCCUGACUCGCUGCCUCUACUUUUUAAAAGUUCAAAAACACACAAGGUGAUACUAGCUCUCCUCAACUUCUGCCGGUGAAAUCAUGAUUUUUGAAUCCAUCCGGGUAUCCAUGCUGUCAAGGCUCCGAUUGCAGAAUAUGGCGAAACAAGUUCGCUCAGAGUCUACAGCACAAGACCCUGCUGGACGACAAAGAGAACUGAUGGCAAAAGGACUUCCCCAGAAGAAACCUAUUUUAGGUGUCAAGCAAAUACUACUAGUUGCAUCCGGCAAAGGAGGUGUUGGGAAAACAACAACAUCAGUGAAUCUCGCUGUUGCCUUGAAAACCUUGAGCCCGCAUAGAGAAAUAGGACUAUUGGAUGCCGAUGUGUUUGGUCCAUCGGUUCCAUUGAUGAUGAAUCUCCAGUCUGAAUCUCCACUCCUUACAGAAGAUAAUUUAAUGAAACCACUUAUCAAUUAUGGUGUAAAAUGCAUUUCAAUGGGCAACCUUAUAACAGAAAAAUCAGCCGCAAUUUGGAGAGGUCUGAUGGUAAUGCAAGCACUGAAUAAACUGACACGAGAAGUUGCAUGGGGACCAGUUGAUUAUCUGAUUGUUGAUACUCCACCAGGAACGGGCGAUACUCAUUUAUCUUUGGUUCAGAAUUUUCCCAUAGCAGGAGCCCUCCUAGUCACCACUCCUCAAUCAGCUGCGCUUCAAGUUACAAGACGAGGACUUACCAUGUUUGAAAAACUGAAAAUUCCAGUCGCUGGCUUGGUAGAAAACAUGAGUUGUGUCGUAUGUCCAAACUGCCAACACACCACUCAGUUGUUUGGUGACAAAGUGAAAGCUUUUGCAAAAACGCAUAGUUUGAAUAUUCUAGCAAAAAUUCCCCUGGACCCGUCAGUCGCUAACUCAAGUGACGAAGGAACACCCAUCACUGUUCAGCAACCUGAUUCCGAAUUAGCAAAAGCUUACCUCAAAUUAGCUGCCCAAGUAGAAUCCUUUCUCGCUGACAGGGCCUCAGAAAACCCAACAUGAUAAACCAUCCUGGAAAGAGAUUUGAAUUCAUCAGUUCCAGAGAAUGUUGAUGGUCUCAUCAUCUGUCAAUGGAAAGGGAAAAUGUUUUAUGUAGGUCUCUGACUCAUUCGGUGUGCUUCAAUUUCUCUCCUUAGUGAUUCGUUGGAGCUUCAUGGACAAGUUUCUGAUGGGAAAAGAAGGAGAAGAAAAAAGAUGACACUUUUUGAAGCCACUGUUCGAAGACAAGCGACUAACUGGUGGUUUAAGUGAUUUUGACAACUGUCCUAAGUUUUCACACAAAUAAGGUUUUGGCCUUGAACAUUAAAAACAAGUUACAGCAAGACAAGAACUUGGAGAACAAGAUUCAGAAUUAUGAACAAUUUUGGCUGAAAAAUUUACGUCAAUUCUUAAUAAAAAGAGAACAAGUAUGAACGUGUGUAGAACGGACUUACACUGAUUGGCUCGUAUGCCAGCAUAAGACUGCAUGGAAAGUUUGUGUCUAUGUGCUCUGUCAAUGUGUUGGCAAUAGACAGUCCACCUCCUAGUUUGGGCAAACAAGCUCUGUCACUGUCUUAGAGAGAGAAGGACCUACUGCUAUGUAACAACUCAGGGACUUUUUUCCGUCAUAAUGCUUUGAUGCAGCUGCUCUAUGAAAUUGACAAAAUUGAAAGAUUUACCGUUAUUAAUUCUACUGAGAGAACAUCAGAACAAAGUUUAUGUCAGAACAAAGGAGCAUUGCAAUUAUGCGGAAUUCUCAUCUCAAGAAAAUACAUGUCUCAAUUUCUAGGAAAAAACUUAACCCUUACUGUAUGAGUCAAGAGUAAAUCAAAACCACAUCUCCUCUAGCAGAACUUGUUUUUGCAAAAAAGUAUAAAAUUGUAGAGCAAAUAUAUUUAUACAUUUGUGAAUGUACGCAUAUCAUUAAGACUCAAUGUUAAGGAUGAAAUUUUAACUUAAUCUGGAGAAAGACUGCUGCAAAAUACAUGAGAUCAUACACACAAAAACCAGGAUAUAACGAGUUAGUUACAACCUCAUUUCCAACCAGAAAAAAGAAAGCAAAAACGAAUAUUAGAUAUGCUGUUAUUGCAAGACUGACUUUCUGACCAAAUGUCUUCAUCUCACAAUUACAGCGAAUAGACGACUUGAAAAUUUGAGCGUCCCAGUUUUUCUGAUUCUGAUCUUUGGUAUUUUGCAACAGUCGCUCUCCGGACUAAGAUGCUAUUUUAACGCACUUUUUGGCUGAUUAAAUUAUUCUUCACUUUACAUAGUUAAGGAUAAAGUUUAUCAACGAAUUUCAUGUCAAAAUUAUUAUUUCUCGACUUUGAAUUGUUUGUCAGUGACAAGUCACAUUUACUUGAGCUCAAAAUACUUCUAACUCAUUGUUUUUCCAGAAUCCGAUUUGUGCGUUCUGUUAAACCUGGUUCAAAUAGUACCCUUGCGUUACUCCUCCGUCAGUAAAAGAAUCUCACAAAUAAAUCGUUCGUGAUAGUGAUU